AUGGAGAAGGACGGACCUACAAGUGUGUUGGGCCGGAUGUCCUUGAAGCGAAGAAGGACGGACCUCGAAGACCACGAGUUGACGGAUGAUGGUUUUGAACAUGGUGACCUCGAUAAUUCCAAGGAAGAAGAUUGGUGGACGGGGGAUGAAAGCGAAGAUUCGGAGUGUGAACAAGACAUUGAAGAACACGAAUAUACCACCCUCGGUGAUACGGCACGAACGGUGAAGAUCCGACUCUUCUUGACCGACGAGGGAGUGGACCAGUCGAUGUGGAUGAAGACCUUUAUUGCCGAAUGCACUUAUAAUGGUGUUGUUGUUGCCACUGCUCUAGCCUGCUAUAUUGACUAA